AUAUAUAUAUUUAUGGACUUUUGAUAUUGCAUCUGAUUGACUUUUGCUGGUUAUACGCAGCGCUAGGAGAUGGAGCAAACAUCAUUUUGGAUCCAAUAUUUAUCUUCGUAUUCCGUAUGGGUGUUAGUGGUGCAGCUAUUGCGCAUGUUAUUUCCCAGUACUUAAUCUCCCUUGUACUCUUGUGGAGAUUAAUGGGACAAGUUGAUCUCUUACCCCCAAGUAUCAAAGAUCUACAAUUUAGUCGGUUUCUUAAAAAUGGGCUUCUGUUAUUGAUGAGGGUAAUAGCUGCAACAUUCUGUGUGACUCUGGCAGCUUCCAUGGCUGCAAGGCUGGGAUCAACAUCCAUGGCUGCAUUUCAGAUUUGCUUGCAGGUUUGGCUGGCAGCCUCUUUGCUUGCCGACGGGUUAGCUGUUGCUGGGCAAGCUAUUCUUGCAAGUGCAUUUGCAAGAAAGGAUCUUGACAAGGCCACAGCAACUGCAUCUCGCGUGUUGCAGUUGGGUUUGGCUUUGGGCCUAGUUCUUUCUGUCGUUGUUGCUGUUAUAUUACAAUUUGGAUCAAGAUUAUUUACUGAUGACCCCGAUGUUCUGCAAAUGUUAAGUUUAGGCAUCCCGUUUGUUGCAGGGACCCAAUCCAUUAAUGCUUUGGCAUUUGUUUUUGAUGGAGUCAACUUUGGAGCAUCUGAUUUUGUUUAUUCUGCCUACUCCAUGGUUUUGGUCUCAGUUGUGAGCACACUUUGCUUGUUUUUACUGUCUGCAAGUUUUGGUUUUGUUGGUACAUGGAUCGCUUUAUCCAUGUUCAUGAGUUUGCGUGCAUUUGCUGGCUUUUGGAGGAUAGGGACUGGAACAGGUCCUUGGAGCUUUCUCAGAUUAUGAUUGCUGCCUACAGAUGUUGACUGGAUAAUUGAGUAUACUUUAAAUGUUGGGUCACAUCCAUGAUCCAUUUAGUGGAUUUGGUGACCAAAAAUACCUAAAAAAUAGGGUAAUGGCAAACUUAUAAUAAUAGGGUUGGUGCUCAUCAAAAUGAGUUUUUAAAGAGUAAUGCUAGGCUUCAGGAAAAUAUUUCAGGAAACGCUUCAGGAAAAUGGAGGAGGAGGAGGAGGGGAGGAGGAGUAGGAACUGGAGGGGGCCAUCAAAAUGGAAGGAGGCGGAGGCGGGAUUGGGCAGAGGCGGAGGCGUGCGACGGCAGGGCUGGGCAGACGACCGGGGCGGGGUUGGGCAGACGACCGGGCCUGGGUAGACGACUGACGGCGGCUGCGACGAUCGGCCGACGGCGGAAGUGGAAGCGCCGAGCCCUUCUAGUUCCUCCUCCUCCUCCUCCUCCUCCUCUAUUUUCCUGAAGUUUUUCCUGAAGCCUAACAUUUUUGGUUUUUAAAGGGUGUUUGUUUGUGUUGUAAUUUUAUCGGAUGUGAUGCUCAAAUUUGAAUCUGAUAUUGUGUCCCGUCAGUGGGUACAAUUUUCAAUUGUGGGCCUAUCAAGCCCUUUUGUUUUUAGGUAAUUGUGUUUAGAUUAUGCAUGAAAAAGAUUAAAUUGAUCUAGGUAAAGAAAAAAUAUAAUGAAAAAAAAGUACAAUGAGAGAGUUUAAGAAAAAGGGCAGGACACACGAGCUUCAAAAAUGAAAGAAUAUGAUAAUCCAAAUAUGCCACAUAUCAUGGAUCCAAAAAAAAAAAAAA